AUGAAAACUAAGAAAGUGAAGCCUCUCAGACUGGGAAAGAAACUCCGAGGAGUCAAUGAUGUUUCGCCAUCUACAAGUCUGCCACCACUUGUUGAAGGUCAGAUUCGUUGUUUCCUAAGGAUAACAGUCAGUAAAAUAUUGUGGACCAUUCUCAGACCUCCAGCUACCCCUCUUGUUAGGUUGCGCUGGUGGGGGGAAACGUCGAAUGGUACGCUGUUUCGUCCCAGAGAUGCUUCGCAGAUUGAACAGAAAGCUGUGAAAACAACUGCUCGAUUUGCUGUUCGCUGUGGACCAAAGCAGUUCACCUCUUACCUUGCAGAUAUGGGAAUGCUGGUACUGGAGGUGAUGACAAAGCCUGACCAUCUACCUGUUGGCCGGGUUCAAAUAAAUGGCAUAUCGCACCUAUCACCAACUCAUUCUGUCAAUGGAUUUUUCACAAUGAUUUCCCCAACCUCUGAGAAGCUUGGAGAACUGCAGGUUUCACUUGCACUGGAACCUCUCUCGGACACGUAUGACAGCAGCAGCUCUCUGCCAACCACAGACAUGAGUAUGGACAUUGCAGCUUCAACCCGAGGUUCCAGUGCAUUAAAUACAAGCACUUCAAAAACAGGAUCUGUUGAAAAUCUAGCUGUACCCAAUGCUUCGCGUAAAUUGUCUCUGACCAGUGCAAGUGGGAAAGAAUCUGUGUGCAGCAGUAUGUCCAACACACCAAGAGGAAGAGACCACUUGUACUUUCAGGAAAAUGUCAAGACCACAAAGGAUGUUUAUUCUGAGACUAAGCAGCACCUCAAUGCUGCACAGUGGCCUCCUGCUGAGAUAUUUGUAUCUGACCCUGAGCAAGAUCAGCUAAGAUCACAAGUUUCAAUUUCUGCAAGGUUACAGAGUAAGCCCCUGAUUGAGAAGCAGCCUGAAGCACACAUACUGUCAGCAGCCAGCGAAGCAACCAACAACGUCAUCUCAGUUUUGCUUGAUAAAGGCAGCAAACUCCGCGACGCUAUGGUGGUUUCAGCAAUGAAAACCAAUCUUGAUGCUGUAACCGGAUUGGCAGACAUUUCUUACUCUGCUCCACUUCACAAUGUUGACAAGCCAAGAUCAAAAAGAACUCAGUCUCCUUCAGGAAAACUGCUUCAUCGUUUGCUCGAGUCCGAGAGUACAUCACUCACCAAAACAAACCUAUUGCCCUCUUUUGUGAAUCCACCAGAGGAAUUUUAUCACAACACAGAUGCAACAGCAAUCAAAUUGCUUCUGGGGAGUUGCAAUGUUUUGUGUACAAUUGAUGCCCGCAGUGUGGAUUCAAUUCCUUUCUACCACUGGGAUGGUACAGGCUCCCUCCCAGAUUCUUUAUCUGCGGGAAGUGAUGCAUUUGAUGAAAGCGAGCUGAAUGAUCCUCAUUACGACCAGAGCCUCCUGGAAAACCUCUUCUACAAGAAUCCUAAGUAUGAAACCAGCUUCAGUGAUUGUACCAGUGAAGAAGAGGGGAGAAACGCUUUGGAGGAAACGCCAAACACACGAUCACUGAACAGAGCUGGUUCCCAUAAACACAACAGACAUUCCUACUGUGCUCCAGGUUCUGCUAAUCUAAAGCAACAAGAAGCACAAAAGAAUGACGGUUCCCAUCCAGGGCAAGAUGUUCCUUUGCUUGAUAACCAGCAAGCAGAAAUACAUGCUGUGGAUUUGACGAUGGAUAGACUGACGCUACUGGGUCGCAUUUACCUUGCACGAGUUGUUAUUGAAACACUAAAACUUCCUUCAGACAGCGCACAAACAACUCCAAAACAGAAAGGAGAAAAGGGAAAGCCACCUCGACCUGUUACAGCAAGAAAAUGCACUUACUUUGUGGAAUACCACUUUCCAGUGGCCACUUCUUCAAAAGGUGGAGGUGUUUCCGUAACCACUGAAAUUACUCGAGUGGCUUCGAGCAAGAUUAUAAGAGGAGUCGUCAAGUUCCAGCAGCGGUUUGUUUUUCCUGUUAGUUUUGGUGGUUCAAUGAUCGAACGUUGGUGGAACUCAAACAUUUUGUUCAAAAUUUAUUCCAGAAAAAAUACUCAGAAAAAGCCCGUUCUUAUUGGUACAACCAAUCUUGCACUUCGAGCUGUUAUUCAAUCCAAUCAGUUAAGUUUAACCAGUGAAUUGCCUGUGGAAAUGGUGGAGGAUAAUGAUGAGAAGAAGAUUGGUCCUUUAAAGGUAUCUAUUGAGCUUGCAGCUGAUAACAAAGAUUUCACCAAUGUUCAUGCAAGGGCAGCUGCCUCUCCAACAGCUUCUUACGCUGUGUCCAGCCCAGGGCCGAUGUUAAUGCCAGUGUCCAGCCCAGGGACGAUGUUAAUGCCAGUGUCCAGCCCAGGGCAGAAGUUAACACCAGUGUCCAGCCCAAGGCCCAAGUUACCACUGGAGCAUGGAGGUGUUAACCAGCCAAUAGAUGUCCACUCUUAUAGUCUCAAAGAAAAUCACUCAAAGAAGCAGAUACCCAGAACUUGUAUCACGCAAUCUCCCCAGCCCUCUGCUGUGACUGCAGCAAGAAGUUUAAUCAGACAGUUCAAUGCUACAGUAAACGAAAUGGAAGGUUUAUUAUUGCAUGUUCUACUGAUGGUGCCUGACGGCAAGGACUUCUUCACUGGUGUGGGCAGUUAUCAAGCACAGUGCAACGUCUAUUUAAAAUGUAAACUUUUCAGCACCGAUGAAGCGACUCAAUCCCCUGUCAGCUGGAGCACAUCCCAACCAAUAUUUAACUUCUCACUGGUAGCUCCUGUCACACUGAGUUCCAGGUUGCUUGAGGGGAUGAAGAAUAAUAUGAUGGUUAUAGAGGUCUGGAACAAAAUAAACAACUCGGGACAGGAGAAACUCCUUGGCCUUGUGAAACUUCCUCUUCACCAGUUUUACAUAUCCUUUAGGGAUCCCAAAAUUUCUCAUCUAUUGCUGCAAGCUCAGUAUCCUGUGGUUGCUGUGGACAGCUACAUGCCAUUGAUGGAUGUUUUCACAGGCAGUCAGAGGGGUAGUCUGCGGGUUCUGCUAGCCAUGGGAGAAGCAGAUCAAAUAAUAACACUUCAGAGGCUAAAAAAUGAUGAGGGAACUUCUGUUGCUGGUUUCCAGCGACUACCUCAUUUUCUAGAUCAAGUUUCAUCAGUUUCAUCACAGUUGGUCAGAGGGGAGAAAGCAACAGCGAUGGAGCAUGUAUUUGAGGUUAAAGUGGUCAAGGUUAAAGGAUUGACUCCCUUGCAGUCCACCAUCUGGGGAGAGGCAGACUGCUAUGUGCAAUACUAUUUUCCAGCUCAAGACAGUGAAAUGGAUGGCAUAGCUGAGGCUUCUCUGCCUGAAUGUGGAAUGAUCUUAAAGCUUUGUCGAACAGCAACCACAUUGUGUGUGCCAGAUCCCAUAUUUAAUGACAGUCAAAGUCACUCCCUUCUGGUCCCACCGGACAUUCCAGUACAGAGAAUACUGCUAAAUAUUUGCUCUAAGCAAGACUUAGUAGGAGGAGGUGGUAUUCAGUUUGAAGUUUGGUGCAGGUAUUAUUACCCUAACGUUAGAGACCAGCUUGUUGCUAAGGCUAUCCUUCCUUUGUCCAAGCUAUGUGCUAUGGUGACAAUGCAAUACCACAAAGAGGUUGGAAUUCAGACCUUCAGUCUUCCUCUGAUACCUAGGUCAGAUGGUGUUGAUGGGCAACAUCCACAUCCUGUAGGUUUAAUGGAUGUAAGUGUGAAAUACAGUCAUGCAUUACAAAAGGCUAAGGAUGCUAAAGAAGGUGUAAUAGCAUCUCGCUCUGUGACCCUGUUAGUACAAGUACACAGAGCUUCAGGUUUACAAGCCGCAGCAAGAGCUGUAGCAGAAAGGAAUGAAUGUUUCCAAUACCAAGCAGAAGUUGGUGUGAAUUCGUUCGUUACGCUUCACCUUUCCUUCCUCUUGGAAUAUGAGAAACGGUGCACUCGGACUGUGGCCCGAUCUUUCUGCCCAGAGUUUGGCCAUCACACUGAGUUUCCAUGCAACCUUGUGAUCCAGAGAUCCAGUGGGGAGAGUAUCAGCUUGGCCGAACUCCUGCAGUCUUCGGAAGCUGUGUUUACCAUUUACCAUCAGAGAAAUACAACAGCUCAAUCAAAAAGGAUUUCAGCUGCUUCUUCAAGGGACACUGUGCUGGGGAUAAUACAGAUUCCACUGGGAGACCUACUGACGAAAAGAACAGGUAUCUCUGGUUGGUAUGGAGUGAGUCUUCCAGAGGAUAAAGCUUCUGUUCAGUCUGGUGGGGUUGCACACAACACAGGAGGUGGCGGACUUGACCUUUCAAUCACCUUUGCUCAUAACAGUGAUCGAGACCGUGUCAUACAGGCUGCAGCAGCAUUGGAUUGGAGGUUUGGAGAAAAUGGGGAGGAAGAUGAAGAGGAUUGGCAGUCUACAGAAGGCACUGUAUCACUGAUGGUAUCUAUGCCUCGCAUAUGGCUCCCGCUGCACUGCUUGGUAUUAGUUGGACGUACAAAUCUACACAAAUCUACUUUCUGUUACCUGCGAUAUAAACUGUAUGAUAGGGAAGCCAUUUGCACAUCACUUCAACAACCAGUUGUGACUGGUGACGGGACUCUUGCAACAGUGACCUUUGACCAGGCAAAGAGUACAUGCCUGAAACGGAGCCAAUCGCUGGACUGGUAUCUGACAGAAGAAAAACUAGAAGUACAAGUGUGGGUGACUCAUGGAAAGAACAAUGAGACUCAAAGGCCUCACGAUGCUGAUCGCCUGAUCGGAGCUGCAUAUGUGAACCUAUUGACCCUAGCAAAGAAAUCUUCCCGGAAACUUACAGUUAGUGGCGUUUACCCACUGUUUAAGCGAGGCGCUUCUGAUCUGUCAGGUGCUGCUCUGAGAGUGUAUAUCACACUGAAUCCAGGUCGUCGUCCGUCUUCUGAUGAAUACAGUUCCCUUGGACUAAGUCUUGUUGAGGAUGAUCAUGAGUGUGGUGCAAAGGAAGAAGCUGCAUUGACCAAUGGAAAAGAACAGGAAGGGCUGAAAAUUCUCACAUGCAAAGAAGCAAGCUCGGACUCUGACCCUCAACCCAAAAAGGUGGCCGAUGAGACUUCUGAGGUGGAUUUCGAAAGCACGUUUUCAGUGAGUGUUGUAGUGGAGCGAGCCAUGCAUCUCACCUUGAAAGGGAGUCCCUUUGCAGAGCAAACCGAAGUUAAACCCAGCUGCUUUGUGUCAUUUGCAACAGCAGACUGUAAGGUUCCUGUAACAACAACCCUCUCAGAAGACACAUACUCCCCUAUCUGGGAUCACCAACAACUAACAAGAUUAUCCAAAGACUUGCUGUUAGACCCACAGCAAACACUGGUUUUCAAAAUCUGGCUUAAAGCAGAUAUUGAACGGAUUAUUGGGUUUGCUUCUGUGGAUCUUUCUCCUUUGUUGUCUGGAUUCUUAUCUGUCUGCGGCUGGUACAAUAUCACGGACUUCAGUGGCCAGUGCCAAGGGCAACUUAAAGUGGCUGUAACUCCUUUGGAGAAUAUUCGUCAUCUGAGAACAAAGAGAUGGACCCAAACUCAAAUACAAGCAGCUCCUACCCUUGAUUCAGUGCCAUAUAGGAUCAGUGAAGCACAUCACUUUUUCUCAAGUCACAUCUCUGGACAUUCAGAACAAUUCAUGGCUCCAUCUUUGAAUGUGGAUGGUUUCCCAGCCACUGGCAGACCUGCCAAUUCAGACAUGCAGAGUUUGCGUCAUGAAGAACAUAUGGAAAAUGUACGCAGGUACCAUCGGUCAAUGCAACAAGUGGAGAACAGUGUGCAUUCCUCUGAACACUUAGAUUCACUUCCACAGCCCUCUCGAUCUGCGCUGUUUAGUUCUCUAAGAAAGAAUCUCCGUGAGCUGGACGACAUUCAAAAGUAUUUCAGUCAGAAGUUGUCUCCUUCCCCCUUUGCUCACAUUAUGAACCCUGCUCCAAUACAAAGAACCAAUGAGGACACAAUGAAUCAUCACCACACGUCACAGGAAAGUCCAGUUCAUGAACAGAAUCUCUUGGAGAAAUCAAACUGGCUGGUUUCUCAGAUCCAAAAUGUAAUUAGUGGUCAACAGGAAAGAGCUAAACCUGCAAUCACUCUUUCAUUGCAUUCCCCUCAAUGUAGUGAAGAAAAUUGGGAGAGAAAAGGUGAGGUUGAAACUGAAAGGUUACAUUCGGAAAGUGAAGACCGCAGAACAUCUUUGCAGCGUUCGCAGUCAGCAGAGGGUGAAAACCUGAAAAUAUACAUUCCCUCAGAAGGAAACUCAGAGUUCAGGCAAGCUAUACCAGAUAUUUGCUUGGAUGAAGAGAACUUGGAUUUGCAGAAUGAAAGAUCCAUCAUAGGGGUUGAAAACCAAGUUAAUGUUUAUGGGAGUGAUACUUGUAGUGAAGAUGGAUAUGAGGAAUUUGUGAUACAACCAAGAACCUUAAAUGACGUGACUGUUAUGACUGACAGGACCAGCCCGUGGUCAAGCAUCUUGUCAGAUUUAGAGGAAGGUCACCAGCCGAAGUCUGAGGUUAACAUGGAGAGUCAGGACUCGGUGGGAAAUGGGAUCUUACCUGAGGAAAAGCAAAGAAUUCAUGCAAGUUCACAUCAAGAAGAGCGGCUCUUUGAUAUAUUGCACAGUAGAAGUAGUAGUUUGCCCAGCACAGCCGAUGAACCUCCACUUACAGAGGAGUCUUCACCAGUAAGUGAAAAAGAAGAAUGUGAUGUGCUGGACCAGCAUUUUGUAGCCCAAAACACACGAGACUCGAGUAUAAAAUUAAAGCAGCUACAAUUCCCACGUAAUCUAGGCUCUGAUUACUCCAGUCCUGAAGAAGAGGAAGAGCUGCAGCAAGAACCCAGAGAUUUGACCGAACAUGAACUCUCCUCUACCCAAAGAGAUUUACCAUUUGUUGUUGGAGAAGAAGCAGACCCGGGAGCCAAGGGUGGAGACAGCCACCAUGGUAAUAGGGAGGAGCAUCUUAACGAAAAGGAAAUGGAGGCACCUCGAGAGUACAACAUUGAAAACCCAAUAACCUUUGCUGACAGUGUUCAACACAGUCUCAGUGAUACUGAGAAUGACAAUUCUGAGGAAAAUGAACUUUUAGUCAAAUUAUCUGAUCCAAUUCAAGUCCCAAACUUUUUCCUCACACCGAGACAUUUGGAAGCUUCAUUGAAAGUGCUUAGUAUUGCACCAUCAUUUCAAGCAGCUACAGCAGAUUCAAGUGAGAUGGCAGGGACCUCGGGACCUGCCGGUCGACGCAGCAACCGUCCGAAACCAAGACUAACAUCAACAGAACUGCCGAGAAAGGAAACCGAAAGAAUCGCCAGGAUUUUUGCAGGACACUUUACAGAUAAAAGCUGAAACCUUUUUAUUGUCAGCAGAGUGUCCGUGCACAUGCAGAAACCCAUCACUUUAAUUAAGAGUCUCCAAACCUAACAGGAGUUCAGUUUUGUUAAUAUGUUAAAUAAUGUAAUUUAAUUUAGACAUAUGAAAAUAAAUUCAUACAUUGCUAUCCACAGGGCGAAACCUUAGGCAAGUUUCCUUACUUCACGCACCUCUG